UAUUAAUUUAUGUUUAAAUGAUUUUUUAGUAUUUAUGAUCGAUAAAAUAUCGAUCACAUAGGAAAUAGAGGAUCGGUGGAAUUGGUGGAGAUCAUUGAUGAUGGCGGAUUUGUUGUUCUGGCCAAGCAUCGGAUUAUUGGAGCCAGCUGUAUCGCUGUGGUGCAGUGGGAGCCGGAGGUUGAGGCUGAAAAGCUGCCCCGAAAGCUUGAGGCUGAGUGGGCUGCGUGGGCUGGGCCUGCGGCAUUGGCUGAGAAUUUGGAAGCCACCCGAACUGUGGGCGUGGCGCAGUCGGCAUGGUCUGUUGCAUCAUCUGUGGCAUGGUCUGCUGCAUACCUUGGAAUGCCUGGGCUUGCAUGGGCUGAGGUUGCAUUGGCAUUGUUGGCAUUGGUGAUUGUGGCAUUGCAGUUUGUGGCAUUGCAGUUUGUGGCAUUGCUGAUUGCGGCAUUGCUGAUUGCGGCAUUGCUGAUUGUGGAAACGGAAAUUGGAAUUGCUGGGUCUGUGCUGGAAGAACCGGAGGAGCCGGUGCAGCUGGGGCAGCCGGAGUCGCUGGAGGCUGCACAAAGAUCUCCUUUGCAGGCUCAGGAGGCGGUGUCUGUUGCACGGCCAAAGCCUCUUUUCGUUCUGCUAAUUUUCCGUUUUCACCCCUAAAGCCUUUUGCUUCCCUUGACUUCGAUCUCUCUCUGGGUUCGCUCUUUCGCCGUUCUCGGCUCUUGCUGCGCCGUUGUUCUCGGCUCUUGCUGCGCCGUUGUUCUCGGCUCUUGCUGCGCCGUUGUUCUCGGCUCUUGCUGCGCCGUU